UGGUUGACGGCUCGGGAGAGCCGGUGCUAGAAGGAGUGUGCCAGUCCUGCAUGCUGCCCGUGCACGGCUCCAUCUCGGUGGGUAUGAUCAUCUCGAGCAGCACGAAACACGCAGCAGAGACAACACUACUUGGGGAAAACACCACUUGGGACAGCUUGCACCCUUUGCCCGCUUCCAAAUAUCCCGCGACAAGAACUGUGUUAAGAUGUGCCGCAUUCUCUCCGACGCCAAAUAACGCACACAGCUGAGCGACAAGGGAAUGAACAAUA